AUGGCCACAGACGCUACCUUCAGCUUUCUGCCGCUCGGCGCCAUCAUCCAGACCUUCAACGUCAACGGCAUCAACAUCGUCCAGGGCUUCCCUACGCAGGAGCUCUACGUGAAGCACAAUAGCCCCUACUUCGGAGAGACCAUCGGCCGCGUGGCCAAUAGGAUCAAGGGCGCCCGGCUCGACAGCGUCAACGGGAGAGCGUGGCCGCUGGCCGCCAACAACAGCGGCAACACGCUGCACGGCGGCAACGUCGGCUGGGGCAAGCGCAUCUGGCAGGGCCCGACGCCGGUCGGCGUGCGCCAGAUCCCCGGCGUCGACGGCCUGCAGGGCGGCGAGAGCGUCCAGUUCACGCUCGUGAGCGCGGACGGUGACGAGGGCUUCCCCGGCGCGCUCGCCGUCAGCGUGGUGUACACGGCAGGCACGCAGCCGCUCGCCGACGGCCGGGAGGCGACCGUCCUAGGAAUCGAGUACGAGGCGCGGCUGGUCGGCGACGGCGCCGACGAGACCGUCAUCAACAUGACGAACCACUCGUACUUUAACCUCGGCGGCGCCGACGCGACCACCAUCGCCGGCACGCAGGUCACCCUCCACGACACCCAGUACCUCCCCGUAGACCCCACCGGCGUGCCCACCCGCGGCCCGGUGGCCUUUCCCGGCGUCGACGUCGGCAGGCCGAUCGAGCUCGGCGCCGAGGCACCCGCGUUCGACAACUGCUUCACGACGACGGCGGAGCCCGCCGCCGUGCCCGUCGACACGCGCGCGGGGCCGCUGCGGCUGCACCUCGCGGCCACGCACCCCGCGACCGGCAUCCACCUGCAGGUCCUCAGCACCGAGCCGUCGUUCCAGUUCUACACGGGCGACUUCACCGACGCGCCGGCCGUCGGCCCCGGCGCCCCGGCUCGCGGCGCGCGCUCCGCGUUUUGCUGCGAGCCGGGCCGCUGGGUCAACGCGCCCAACGUGCCCGAGUGGAAGAACAUGACGCUGCUGAGAAAGGGUGAGACGUAUGGCGCGCGAAUCGUGUACAAGGCCUGGGUAGAAUAA